AUGGGCAUAAACUGCUGCAAGCAAUCUACUGACACUGUAAGUGACCCAGUUCAACCUCCUAGCAUCCCUCAAGAAUCUAAAACUAAAGCAGUGCUUGAUAAAAAGUCAACAAAAAAGCACACAAUAAAACUUGAUCUAACGCAAAAUAAUUUGUAUAGAAAAAGAAAGACCCAAACACCACAAACCGGGCAUUCACCAUCUUCAAGUGAAAUAUUCACAUUCAGGACAAUAGAAGCUCAGAAGCAUUGCUCCAUUCCAAUAAUAUUUAAAAUAAAUUAUAAUGGAUUAUAUAUUAGAAUGAGCAUAUCCAUUAACUUGAAUUAA